UUGAUCCUCAUCCAGUGCUCACUGGAGAGUGUGACUAGCGACUCCAACAGUCGGCGAGACUUUGAGUAUUCCGCGAUCCCUCUAUUGCGGCCGAGUCAUACGCCAUUCAGCCCUACUGAGCAUGCAGGGUUUCAGGCUUCCUUCCACUAUUUUGAAUCUCUCCCAGCCCAGGAGGUUUCCAUCUGUACGAGAUGGCGGGCUGCAGGAUAGAGUAGCCGACGAAACCACCAUUAGCUCUGCGGUCGACGAAGAAGUGAAGCUUCCCAAGCUCGCAUCGUUGGUGAUCGUCAUCAUUUCGAAUGUCUUGCUCCAAAUAACGUUUUUCAUCAUUGUUUCUUCGAGCAACGACUACGCGCGACAUCUGGGCGGUUCAUCGACAUUCUCCGGUUUAGUCAUCGGAAUCCCAACAGCCGUGUCUGGUGUCACGCUCCUUCCCCUGAUGCGUCUCGAUCAAGGUGGCUACAAGCGGCCAAUCCAUGUCGCAUGUGCAUCCAUGGUUGUUGGCAAUAUCCUAUACGGCCUCGCGUAUCGCGCCAACUGGCUCUACCUCAUCCUUUUGGGCCGCAUGGUCUGCGGUUGCGGCUUCACAUUCUGGAUGUACAACAAGCGGUACUGCUCGGACCCUAGGAUCGUUGGCCUCCGACGGAGGACAACGCUCGCUGGCUGGCUGGUCCUCGGUCAAGGAGUUGGCUUCAGCUCUGGCCCGUUCUUCGGGGGUCUCCUCUUCAAAGUCGGCUUCAACAACUCUAUCUUCAAUGGGUACACCAGCCCGGCGUGGGUCAUGGCGGCUUGCUGGGUCAUAUUCUGGAUAGCCGUGGGCAUAUGGUUCGAGGACGUCCCUCGCGCGCCUCAGAAGCCCGUCGCCCUCCGCUCUAUGCCCGCCCCGAGCGCACGUGAGACGGACAAAGACGACAAGCGGGAAGCCACCCCUUCUGUCCGCGUAGCGGAGUCAGAAGACGCCCCUGCUGUCUCCCGGGCUCGCGCUGCCCCAAUUCACAAAAUGACCCCCCAGCAGUGGGGCGUGUCCGCGACGAUGUGCUGGUUCGCGAUGACGACGUUCUUCAUCCUUGGCGCCUGGGAGUCGAACAUCCCCGUCUUCACCAGCUCCCGCGACCCCGCGAACCCAUUCCACUUCAGUCCGUUCGCGGCCGGGAACCUGAUCGCGCUCGGCGGCGCGUGCACAAUCCCGUUCCUGCUCCUCAACCUCGGCUUCGCGCGCCGCGUGCAGGACCGGCACACACUCGCGCUCGGCACGUCGCUCGGUACAGCCGGGCUGCUGAUCGCGAUGGCGGUCCUGCGCACGCACACGGUCAGCUACGGCACGCUCUGGCUGUGCUGGUUCCUCGUCGCGCUCGGGUUCAACGUCGCGAGCACGGUGACGCUCUCGUUGCUGUCGAAGCAGCUGCCUGGGGAGUGGAACGGGCGCAUCAGCUUGUUCAUCCAGUGGAGCAACUAUACCGGGCGGGUGACGGGCGCCGUCUGGGGCGGUUCUGGCGUCAAGGUCGGGAUGCUGACUUUUGUUGGCGUCCAGCUGGCGUACGUUGGGAUCGGGACGGUGAUGUUCACGACGCUGUGGAGGCACUUGAAGGCGAAGACUGGAUAGAUAGAUCGGGGCACUAGAAAUGGCAUCGAGCUCGAAAAUCGUAGUCCUGCCGUACAUUCCCGCGCGGAAAGUGGGUUUGUCUGCUUCACUACUCUUAGACGUCAAUACACUACACAUAGAUCCC